AUGGCAAGGAAUGGGAUGCAGUUGGAAAAGUUAAUUGAUGAAGCGACAAGAAAAAAAGAUUCCCAAUUAUUAGAACAGUUUUUGGCCACAGAAGAUGGUGAAAAUGUCACUUACAAAUGCAGCAAACAGUUUGUCAACAAACUGGACAAACUUCUGUGUCAGGAGCUUGACAAGCAAGAAGUCAGAAGCAUUUCUGCUUUAUUUAAUGCUGUUCAGAAAUGUGGGGGGAAAAUCAGCAUAGCAGGAGAAGAUGGGCUGCCAGCACUGAUGAAAUAUGGUCUUGUUGGAAGGAUGGUCAAUUGGUUUGAAAAGGUAAAAGGGAUUUUGAUCCUCAGAGGAAAUGAAAAGGAUGAAAUGCUUACAGGUCUGGCUGAAGAUUUCUUCAACAUGUUGCUGGCUCUGUAUGAUGGCAGACCUGAAGGUAAAAUGCAAAUGCUGGAAAACUUUGUUCCUAGAACAUGUUCCCUCAUCACAGAUGGAAGAAUUAAUAUUUAUGUCCAGCAGGAGGUAGUAAGAAAACUGAAUUUAAUGCUUAACAACAUGCCUCGAGAUGCCAGGAAAAAUAUCUUUUCUACAAAGGAGAUGUUGCUUGUCAUGAGUGAAAUGGGGAGGAGAAUUUUGGAUGCUGGAGACUAUGACCUGCAAGUAGCCAUUACAGAAGCUUUAUGCAGAAUGGUGUCAGAGAAGCAAAGAGGAGAACUGGCAUGCCAGUGGUUUUCCAUGGAGUUUGUGUCCAAUGCCUUCAAAGGAAUUAAAGAUUCUGAGUUUGAAACAGAUUGCAGAAAGUUUCUUAACCAGGUGAAUGGCAUGCUCGGAGACAAAAGAAGGGUUUUUACAUUCCCCUGUUUAUCAGCAGCUCUUGACAAACACGAGCUGCAGAUACCAUUGGAUGAAAACCUGGAAGAAUUUUGGAUUGAUUUCAAUGUUGGAAGCAGAAGUAUCUCUUUCUAUGUGGCAGCAGAUGAUGCAGGUCUACAGUGGGAAACAGUCAUUAUACCAGAAGAGGAAGUGGACAUGUACAAACUUGAAGAAAAAGAUGGAAAGAAAUUAUUAACAGUAGAUCUAAGAAACCCAAUGAAUGUGGGUAAUCUGGAAGGAGAGAAGGUUUUGUUGUAUUUUGAUUCUAUCUUGGAAAUCAAAGAUGUAACCAGAAAGAUUUAUGGAUCAAGUAAAUGUAAGGUUCUAGUACCAGAAAGUCAGUUGUCACCAGGUUUGGAAGGAAAAUAUGAAGGGGAGGAGAAACUCAGUAAGCACAAAACUCAGCAACUUCCUGGAAGUUUGGGGACUCAGAAUAAAAACAACAAUCAAGAAAAACCCAGAGAUGAUUCUUCCAAGAUAACUCCAUCUCGGACAAGGAAAGUGUCUGAAGCAUCUGUGAUUAUUCCUGGGACCACAAGAACUUCCACAAGGAGUCCACUGUCAUUUGUUAGUACAUCCACUCCUUUUAAAGGGAGGUUUAAAUUGCCUUUGGAAAUGACAAGCUCUGCCAAAAAAUCUGACAGUGGUGCAGUAAGUAAGACUGGGACAACGAAUUUCCAUCAGAAACCUCCUGGAAGUGGGCAAAGAUGCACAGUAGACAAUGAAUUGUGUGAAGCAGAACAGAGAAGGAUGUCAAAUACCAGAAAUGAGGCAAAAAUACAUGAAAAGAAAGUGUGUGCUGAAGGAGCUCUAAAAAUGAUCCAAGAGGCAAAUGUUGAGGCCACAGAAAAGCAAACUUUAGAUGAAGUGUUAGAUAUUGUUCCUGAUUCUCAGCCAUUUGGGAGAAGCAGCAAACCUUUGCUGUCUGGGCUUUUGGAGAGUUCUUUGGAUAAAAUGGAAACCUGGAAAAAAAGAACCUGCUCCGUUCCUGGGGGGAAUGCAAUGGCUGAGGGCAAGCAAAAGCUGAAUCCAUCUUUGGCACUGGACAGUCAGAGUGAUAAUUGUUUGGAACAGAAACUGCUAAGCACAGAAGGAAAAAAUGUUUAAUAAACUACUACUGAGAUAUGGUUUGAAACCUUCCUUUCAGCUAGAGUGUCUGACACAUCUUUGCAUUCUGAGCUUGCAAGAGAGGAACCUGAUGUUCUCCUCAGAAAAGACACUGCAAAUGUGAAAGAAGCAAAGACAAAGGCAAAGUCUAAAGAAAACACAGAUGCAGCCAAAUCACUGAUCAGUAAAAUCAGUGACAGAUACAGAAACAAGAACGAUGAGAAAAGCAAAGCAAGAGACUCCCUGGGGUGUAACAGGGAUGAUGUCUACAGCUUUAACAUCAGUGGCCUUGAUGAACCUACAAUAAAGCUUGGAACUAGAAACAAUCAAGACAAGAAGCAUCUCUUCAGUGACACAGACACAGAGCACAAGACAGACAUCAGCUGGCUCCACGAAUCAAAGAGGAAAGCUAAACCCAAAAUAACUGAUUACAGUAGAAAUAAAAAAUUAGGGAAACAAAUAAGCACAGACAAAAAGCAGAUAAGUUCUCUGACCCUGUUUGCCAUGUGGAUAAACCUAAAGGCAAAAAUGCAAGUAAGAUUCUCUGACCCUGUUUGCCACGUGGGUAAACCUAAAGGCAAAAAUGCAAGUAAGAAAAAGAUAAACCAAUGUAAACAACAGAACUCAAGGGCUGAUGGAAUAUUAGAACAAAGCACCAGAAAGAAACUGCCUCGAAGAGCAGCACUGGCAAAAAAUUACAAAGAGCUUUCCAGUUCUGAGUCAGAGAGCGAAGGACGUUUUCCACCAUACACCUCUGAGGAGGAGAAAUCAAAGUUCCAGAAAUACAUGAAUGGGGCAAACAAGGAUAGGCAGCAAAAGGUACUGCAGACUCUGUCUGUGGAGCUAAAGCAAGUAGAUAACUAUGUGCAGAAAGUACUUGUCAAAUCCAAGAAUUCUGCAGACCCAAAGGAGAUGGAAACACCUUUAGCUGAGAGUCCUGGAUCUCCCGAGGCAAUAAGAUGUGCUGAAAGACUCUCAGAAGGAGAUGUCACUCCAGAACCUACUUCCAGUGAGAGGUCUCUUGGUCUUCAGGAGUCAACCCCAGAAAAUGGGGAGGUGGUAAACUCUGAGGAAAGAAUCUCUCCCAAUCAUUUCUGCCCACAAAAUAAGAGUAUUCCAAGUAUAUCUGCAAAGCAGUCACCUGAGGCAACAAGGUUAACAUUUGGAAAAAGAAGUUUCUCUCCAGUUUUAACCGAAGCAUCUUUGCUCAGCUUAACAACAUAUAAAACUGACAGUGGAAAACAUGCCAAGGGAGCUGUACUGGAAACAAGGAAUAACAGUCAAGAGUCAACUUUCCAACAUUGCUUUUCACACACACUCUCUGUUAAAGCAAAGCUCCAAGACACCACUAAACCUGUCACCAAGAGUAAAGAGAACUGUGUAUCCCCAUCCCCACUGUCUGCUUCCAGUGGGAGUGAAGUGCAGUCUUGGAGUGAAGAACCUCGUGCCCUCCUAAAUGAGUCAGGACCAACUUUACCUCUUCUCAAACGAACAUACCACAGUGACACUGAAGGCAGCUCUGAGGAAGCCGAAAGAAGGAAAGAGAAAGAGAAAGAAAGCAGAAGAUCAAGGCUACAGCCCAAAAAGUUAUUUAAAACAGAUGAUACUGCUACUUGCACAGUGUCUGAAAGUGUAUCUGCCUGGUCUGUAAAUGAGCUGUCUAUGUGGGAUGGGGAAUUCUGGGAUCCUCAGCGUUCAACUAUGAGCAUUCGUCAGAAGCUCCAGAAAGAAUUUACUAAGAAAAUUGAGAACCGUGCAAGGAAGAUAGAUAACUUCACCAAGCAAACACUAAGAGCUGCCCAUCAGCACCUGAAAACAAUGAGUUACCAACUGCAUGAAUGCAGGAUCAGGCAAUUGGACAAAUUUCAUUUCACUCUCACUGAGGAACUGGAGAGAUUUGAAAAGGAUUCUCAGUCCCUGAAAAACAUGGAAAAGGAAUUCUCGGCCUUUUGGAAAAAACACACACAAAGUUUUGGUACAUACAUGAAAAAUGAGCAGCAGAGGAUUGAGAUGCUUAAAACUUCAUUUGAGAAGAACAUCUACCAUUCUGUUGAAUAUGAAGAACAUGUUUUCACUUCAGAGAUGCACCUGAUGAAAGAAGACAUAAAAGGACUCCAGGAGAAGCUUCUAAAAGAAAUGCAAGAAGAGGAGCUGUGCAAUGUUCGCAGGGGGCUGCAGACCUUCUUCCAAGCAGAAGACACAGUGCUGAAGUGA